GUUGAUGCAACUUGAUGUCGACAUCUACACCAUCAAUGCCGGGAGUGGGGAAGUACAGCUCAGUGUCUCCAUUGCGUCACACGAUUCAGUUAUUAUUAAUCGAACGCUAGCAUCCCAACUUCCUCUUUUCUAUUCUUCAUCAUUGCAUAACUCAAGACUCUUCCUUGAUACAACAUCUACAUCCACAAAACUGCCCAGGCGGUAAGCACAAUUCGACACCAGCAAUGACUCCUCUCCCAGACGAGCAACUCCACCCGGUGGCCACCGGCCCCGCAGCCGAGAUCGUCAAGGCGCACUCGCACGAAAGCAAGCCAGGCGAGCACGUCCUCUACUCCGGCUGGUUCUGCCCCUUCGUGCAGCGCGUCUGGAUGACCCUCGAGGAGAAGGGAAUCCCCUACCGCUACCAGGAGAUCAACCCCUACAAGAAGGAGCCGUCGUUCCUGGCGCUCAACCCGCGCGGGCUGGUGCCCACCCUCGGCGUGCCCACGGCCGACAAGGGCGAGCAGCCGCUGAUCGAGUCGGGCGUCAUAUGCGACUACCUGGACGAGACGUUCCCGGACGUCCCGCUGUACCCGCGGGACGACCCGUUCAGGAAGGCCAAGCUGCGCGUGUCGAUCGACUAUGUCACCAGCCGCAUCAUCCCGGCCUUCCACCGCUUCCUGCAGCACACGCCUGAGAAGCCCUACAGCAUCGACGAGGCGCGAAAGGAGUUCCUGAACACUCUUGUCACCUGGAUCAAGGAUGCUGACCCGGAGGGCCCCUUCUUCGCGGGAAAGGAGCUGAGCAUGCCAGACGUGAUCAUGGGGCCGUGGGCGGUACGGCUGUGGGUCUUUGACCACUUCAAGGAGGGUGGCCUGGGGAUUCCAAAGCCUGGUGAGGGUGGCUCGGAUGAGAAGGCCUGGGAGAGGUGGAGGAGGUGGGCGGCUGCCAUUGAGGGGAGGGACAGCGUGAAGAACACAUUAAGCGAGAAGAAACACUAUCUCCCCAUUUAUGAGCGGUAUCACACUGAUAAGGCUCAAAGCGAGCUUGCUAAAGCAACCAGAGCCGGGCGUGGUGUGCCGUAA